AUGUCACCUGGUGUCACAAGUCCACAGGAUGUGCUGAUGCAUCUGCCCAACCGAGCAGUGCACAGCUUUCUGAAGGAAAGUGUGAGUUUGGGCGCUCCCAGAUACCGCAUGGUGAUGCUGGUUCAGAAUGAAGUUCCUCCCGUUGGCAUUCGAGAGAUGGUAGAUAUCGAGCCUGGGCAGCUGCUGCCCUUCGACAUCACCUUGCCGCCUUUCGGAGCGCGCUUUGGAACCAUCUUUCGCUGGAAGAGCGAUGAGCCCAAGGUGGUGCAGCUUUGGGAGUCCGGGAGCGAGAGGAAAAAGAAGCGCCCUUUCAAUGUUCUCUCUCUCUCGGUUUGCGAACCCCCGCACNNAAAAAAAAAAAAAAGAAAAAAACGUUUGAGCUUAUAA